CUUACGGAGGCCAAGCCAAGAUGGCCGCCGUCGGGGCGUCGGGCGGCUCGACGGAGACGGCGGGCAACGGGGGCGGAGCGCAGGCUUCCUCCUCCUCCACCGCUGCCACCACCACGACGGCUCCGGCCUCUUCCUCCACCCCUUCGUCGUCCUCCGUAGCCGUGGGAGCAGCAGCGGCGGCGGCGGCGGCGGUAGCUUCAGCCGCCUCGUCCGUAGCAGGACCGCCUCAGCCCGCGGUGGGAGGGAGCGCCGGGCCCGGCUCGGGGGCGGCGGUCUCCGGCGGGGUUGAGGCCACGGCAGCAGCAGGAGGAGGAGGAGGAGGAGGAGGCUCCGCCGGUUCCUCGUCGUCGGCGUCCUCCGCGUCCGGGGCCGGCGGCGCUCCGGUGUCUUCGGGGGCCUCCGAGUCGUGGUACGUGGCGCUGCUGGGCUUGGCCGAGCACUUCCGCACCUCUAGCCCGCCCAAGGUGCGGCUCUGCGUCCACUGCCUCCAGGCCGUCUUGCCCCGCAAGCCCCCCGCUCGGGUCGAAGCCCGCACCCACCUCCAGCUCGGCUCCGUCCUCUACCACCACACGCGCAACGGAGAGCAGGCCCGCGGGCACCUCGAGAAAGCGUGGCUGAUAUCACAACAAAUUCCGCAGUUUGAGGAUGUCAAAUUUGAAGCUGCCAGCCUCCUGUCAGAGUUGUACUGUCAAGAGAAUUCUGUUGACACAGCAAAGCCACUGCUGCGUAAAGCCAUCCAGAUUUCACAACAGACUCCUUACUGGCACUGUCGCCUUCUUUUUCAGCUUGCGCAACUUCAUACGCUUGAAAAAGAUUUGGUCUCCGCCUGCGACCUUUUGGGAGUUGGAGCAGAAUAUGCUCGAGUGGUAGGAUCAGAAUAUACAAGAGCACUGUUUCUAUUAAGCAAAGGCAUGCUGCUCCUCAUGGAGAGGAAACUGCAGGAGGUGCACCCGCUGCUGACGCUUUGUGGGCAGAUUGUUGAGAACUGGCAAGGGAAUCCCAUCCAGAAAGAGUCAUUGCGGGUCUUCUUCUUGGUACUGCAGGUGACGCAUUACCUGGACGCUGGUCAGGUGAAGAGUGUCAAGCCAUGUCUAAAGCAGCUGCAGCAGUGCAUCCAGACCAUCUCAACCCUUCAUGACGAUGAGAUCCUUCCCAGCAACCCUGCAGACCUCUUCCAUUGGCUGCCCAAGGAGCACAUGUGUGUGCUGGUUUACCUGGUGACUGUGAUGCAUUCGAUGCAGGCUGGAUAUUUGGAGAAGGCCCAGAAAUACACCGACAAAGCCCUGAUGCAGCUGGAGAAACUCAAAAUGCUUGAUUGCAGCCCUAUCUUAUCAUCUUUCCAAGUCAUCUUGUUGGAACAUAUCAUCAUGUGCCGGCUAGUCACAGGACACAAAGCUACAGCCCUGCAAGAGAUUUCACAGGUAUGCCAGCUCUGUCAGCAGUCUCCCAGGCUCUUUUCUAAUCAUGCUGCCCAGCUACAUGCUCUUCUGGGGCUGUAUUGCAUUUCUGUGAACUGCAUGGACAACGCAGAAGCACAGUUUACCACAGCACUUCGGCUCACCACCCAUCAGGAAUUGUGGGCUUUUAUCGUGACAAACUUGGCAAGCGUCUACAUCAGGGAAGGAAACCGGCAUCAAGAGCUUUAUAGCUUGUUGGAAAGGAUAAACCCAGACCACAAUUUUCCGGUGAGCUCUCACUGUCUUCGAGCUGCCGCUUUCUACAUCCGAGGGCUGUUCUCCUUCUUUCAAGGAAGGUACAAUGAAGCCAAACGUUUUUUACGAGAGACACUAAAAAUGUCAAAUGCAGAAGAUCUAAACCGAUUAACAGCAUGCUCUCUUGUUCUUCUGGGUCACAUCUUCUAUGUGUUAGGGAAUCACAGGGAGAGUAACAACAUGGUAGUCCCCGCCAUGCAGCUGGCCAGCAAGAUCCCCGACAUGUCUGUGCAGCUGUGGUCAUCGGCCCUCCUGAGAGACCUAAACAAAGCAUGUGGGAAUGCCAUCGAUGCCCAUGAAGCAGCGCAAAUGCAUCAGAACUUUUCCCAGCAGCUGCUCCAGGAUCACAUCGAGGCCUGUAGCCUCCCAGAGCACAACCUUAUCACCUGGACAGAUGGGCCCCCACCAGUACAGUUUCAGGCACAAAAUGGACCUACCACCAGCCUGGCCAGUCUAUUGUGAACCUACUGUCUUCACUUGGGAAGAAGAUGGAAAUCAUUUUGUACACUCGGCUUUUUUUUUUUUUUUUUACAACAACAACAACAAAAAAGGAUGGGCAGCGAACACUUCUCCAAGCCCUCUAGGAGAAUGGCGUGGAGGUGACCUUUCCUAGACCCACAAUUUGGCAUGGCCAUUCUGAGCUCUUUUUAAAGAUGUGUGUGUGUGUGAGUGAGUGUGUGUGUGCACGCGUGUGUGUGUGUGUGGAUCAUCUAGGUUGCAGGGAUGUCGAAUGUAAGUAAACACACAGGGUUGUAUGAGACAGCCCUUCCUAUUUCUCAGAACUUGGUUUUACGUGACAUGGAUAAAACAAGGGCCCCUUCAAAUGAGAUUUAUUUAAAAGAGAAAGAAAUCAGCCCAUAUAAUGAAGGUAUAGGGAGGUUGGGAUGGAAUAGAGAAAGCCAUGCCUGCUUCCUUGCUAAUUAAAACUGCCCCUGAAAAUGCCAUGUGCCUAUAUUUUUAUGAAGGCUCUAUUGCCCUUUGUAUUAUCCAGGCUGCUAGAUUUGCUUCUUGAACACACUUGCUCUGUAGCAAUACAUGUAGUUGGUGCAUCUAAAUAGCAUAGGCCCCAUUCUCUGGCAGGAAAUGCUCUAUCUCUGUUUUAGUGUGUUUCAACCUUAGCGAGUCCCAAGAUAUGUGGGCUUCACAUGUGGAAGUCCAGACAUCCUAAAAUUAUUAAGAUUGACCAAACACUGCUCCAUUUGCUUACCUUAUCAUAGAAAGAACUCAGCAAAUUGGUUAAGUAAUGUGGGAGGUGUUUCCUUCCUUACGUCACUUUAGGGCACUUGGGGCUCUGCAUUCUUCAGAAUAAUUCUUCAGAUAAUUCAUAUUGGAGCAAAGCUUAUGGUAAUCAGCCUCUGCCUGUGUUUCAAGUGCCUGUUUGGUUCCUUAAAAGGUGCAUGUUUUUUCUCCGAGGUAAUCCUUUGUUUUUUUUCCUCAAGACACAUUACCCAUCUGGGUAAAAAAUCAUGAUUGUUUUCAUUUUUUCUUUCGGGAACAUGACUUCACCUCUCUUUUCAACUCUUGGGUCGGAAAUAAGGACAAAUGGCGGCUUGGAAAAACAAGCUGGCCUGAUCUGAAUUGGUGUGAUUUGUUUGAGAUUAGGCUACAGUUGGGUCUUCCAAGACUCCUAAUUAGAAUGUAGAAAGUUAAUGAGAAAGCUUUUAGCCCCUAAUAGCUGCAAAGAUACCGUUUGAAAGGAUAUGGGAGAUAACUUCCCACAUCCCAGACUCAACAUGGGAAGCUUAAACAAGUUUUCCAAUGAUUGGGGUAGGAAUUCUGUGCCCUUAGCCUUCCCAUGGUUAGCAAAAUGAUCCUAUAUUAUGCAAAGUACCUAAUUUGGAAUGAUUAUGCAAAACAAUUAUGCAAGUGACUGCAUAAAUCAUGUUACACUAGAAUCCAGCUUUUCUAACUAUUUUUUAAAAAAUUAUCUUACUUUUAAGGCAGGGACACAAGCCUGCUUCUAGUGUGGUGUGUGGUGUAUCAAUUUCAAAAGGAGAUAGUUUAUCUUGUUACUAUGGUAGUUCAGUGAGUUCUUAAUUAUGGAUUUUUUAGCACUAUCUUCCAAAAGCUAUAGCCAGUAUCCCCUAAUCAUGCGCUCUUGAUACUUUCAGGAAUAAUGCAAUCCAGUUCCUUUCCGAAGUAGGUUGAUCUGUAAAAAAGAAAAGUUGUUUGUAAUAUACCGGGAGAGAAAUAGGGGGAGGAAAGUACAGGAUAAGUAGUAUCUAAAAAUACUAAAAGAGGAAGAGCUGGUAUUCUGAAACUUUAAUUUUGUCUAUUAAUGUAGGUCUGUUUAUAACAUUCCUUAAUAGAUCCUGGCAAAAGGCAGUCGUUCCCCCCCCCUUUGUUUUGUUUUUUCUUUUCCUUCAGAGAAUAACAACAAAUGCUUGUUAUUUCAUGUCAGUAUAGACUGAACAUUUACUUACUCCUGAAGAAAUACAUUGUGUGUGAUUUCCUCCAUGUUUUGGAUCUUUAAAAAAAACCCUGCAAGGGCCCCCCUCACAUCUAUUUAGGAUUUAAAAAAAAACCUCUGGAGUGCCAAAAAUAUAGGCUUGGGUUGGUAGGGAAGGUGUCGAGAAGCAAUUGGAUCUGUACAAUGAUUUUACCCUUUUGAACGAGCUGAUUCUCCCAGUUUUCCCACUGCAUCUUUAAACUAGAUGUAAAUAAAUAAGUCGGAAGGCUAGAAACUUUUUUUUUCUUUUUACACAAAUCUUGGGUGAAAAUGGAUUUAUUCUUCCAGUCCGUAAUUCAGGGAUGUCUGUUAUCCAUAUUCCUAGGCUCUCUUCUCCAUGUAUAAUUGAGGGACAGAAGCUAUAUAUUUUCCAAUUAACAGAUUGUUUUUUCCCCUCUUCCUAAGCAGUGUUCAGCCUCCGUAACAGAAUUACUAAUGCAUUCGCAAUCAAGAUUCGUAUUUAGAAAAGACUUCCUUUCCUAUAUAAAACCAAAAAGUAAAAAAUAUUUCUUAUCGUAAAGACGCUAGGCGCGCAUCCUUACUAACAAACCUGGGCAGACCUAAGAGGCCUGAUCUGAAAAAGCCCCGAUAGAUUGAAUCUAGCUUUCAGGAUACCAAGCAGGCUGUCUUUGUUAAAAUACACAUACCUCAUUUCCUUCUCAGCCCCCUUCCCAAAGAAUAUACCCCUUGAUAUACACUGUCCCAUCUUCCUAGAAAUCUGCAUUUUAACUCAUAGAGGGUGGGCGAUUAGAUCACUGAACUUGUGAUUUUGCACAGUUGAAAUGUGGAAUCUGCCAACGCGUGUGUGAGUUCUUGCUGUUCACACUUCUGAGACACCUGCAGCUGUUCAUUAACACUCUUUAUGAAACAGUUCUUUUUAUGUACUUAAAAUGUGUUUUAGUAAAUUUGUACAGUUUUGUCUUUUAGCCUUUUUUCCAAAAAGUGUUUAAUCUUUCUUAACAAUAAUGUGUAAACAUAAAAAAAAAAUGUACAGGG